GAAUCAGUGUGAGGAAUUCCUCUCUGAGAUGCCGAGUGUUUGGAAUCUCUGGAGGUUGUGCCUGCUGCUGAUGUUAUGGGUUCCUACCUCUGCCUCCCUGUUAACCGGCUGCAUUAAGGUGAACCCCUGCAAAUGUAUAAUGCAGGAUGGAUCUGGGGUGAUAAACCUGGCAGCAAUGGGAGACGCCGAUGGAUUCCUGGAGAGGGAUGCACCACUAACAGGUUCGGGCAAGGAAUCCGAUCCUGAAGGUUCACUCUCAUUCAGUCCCUGUCUUCCCUUCAGUGAACCUGCUGGGCUCGCCUUUGAGUGCUUGGAGGUGGCCGUUUGUGUUGUUGUCAGGCCCCGAGCUCCAAACGGGGAGACAGUGGAUUUUCUCAACUUUGGAAGACAUGGGAAUAAUGUGUUCAGCUAUGACAACGAUUCACGAAGCCUUACUGUCACCUACCCUGCAUCACACAGCAGCCCUCUGCAUACAGUGGUUCGGUUUAACUGCAGCUCCAAUCACUCUGUGGUCCUAUCACGCACUGCGGAGAAUCCCAAUCUGUUACAGAUUGAUGUUGACGAUCCUUGUGCCUGUCCCAACAGCUGUGAACCUCAGGAUGUCGGUCCGAGAACCAUCAUCUUAAUCAUGUUCGGCAUAACUGUCACAUUCUAUUUCCUGUUUGGGUUGUGUGCGCUUAGUCCAGUCAGAACUCCUAAUGGUGUCGAAAUCAUUCCCAAAGAAAAUAUCUGGUGCAGUUUGUACUACGCGUGUGUGGAGAGAAAAAGAAGAAAGCAGUGGGACCCAAGACGUUACAAUUGAAGUAAGAUUCACCAAGCUGGAAUUUGUAUCGGAAACAGUGUUGUAAAGGGUUCAGAUCUCAUCUUUCACAGUCUCUAUUGAGGGAUAUGCUGCAUAAACCAAAAAUACUUUCACAGGGUUGGUCUUGGAUUGUAUUUUCCAAGCCUGCUCCUUGAAGUUCACAACUAUUACCUUCAAAAUACAAAUAGAUCUUCACAUAUUGA